CCAACCCUGAUGCUUGAUUCUCAGUCAGAGAACUUAGAGACCUGCGAGGUGACUCAAAAGGAUCCGGAGGUUGAUCUGCCAGCUGAGCCUGUUAGUAAGGGCGCGAACAUGCUGGAAAUGUUUGGACUAGAGGACCAGUUGUUCAGUCGUACAGUUUCCGAAAGCGGACCGCCAGAUGUGAGCUUGUUACAGUUUAAAAACGGUAAUCAGUACGAGGGAAAUCUAAUGAACGGACGCUUACACGGUUGGGGAAAAUUUACGUGGGAAGCAAGUGGGAUAACAUACACUGGGCAGUUUGUUAACAGUCAGAUUUCUGGAAAUGGACGCAUGGAAUGGCCAGAUGGAAGCUAUUAUGAAGGGGGAUUCCUACAGGGCAAAAGACACGGGACUGGAACAUACCACCAUCCUUCCGGAAUUACGUAUCGUGGAGAAUGGUUAGACGGAAAGAAACAUGGGAAGCUGUAA